GUUACUCUGCACGGCACGGGGUGGGUUUAUAAACUGUACUGUAGCAGUGUCAUGUUUACAAGUUGGUAACUAUACUUCGGUAACUGUAGUACAGCGAUCUCCUUGCGUCCAGACAUCAUUCAGAAUCUGCACAUCAGAGACUUAUUAGUUUUGAAUAAAAUAAAUUAAAAACUAGUUUCCAAUGAAGAAGGCAGUGUUGUUUAGUUUGUGGGGUGGGGUUGUUACACCCCAUCUUACCCAGACAUUUCAGGAGUUUGAAGAAACUGCUGGUAUUUCAAGGGGUUUCAUAAAGAAUGUGAUUGAAAGACUUGGCAGUGAGAAUGCACUGUAUCGCUUGGAGAAAGGAAAAGUCACUCUAACUCAGAUGAUUCCUGAGUUUGAAGCUGAGUGUCAGAAGGUAGCGGCCGAUCAGGAACUGUCUCUCCCUGCACAGUUCUCAGCUCAGAAGCUUUUCAGUGACGUUGGGCAGGUAGAGUUCAAUAAGCCGGUUCUUGAUGCUGCAGCUGUCCUCCGUCGUCAUGGAAUUGCUACCUGUGUCCUGGCCAAUAUCUGGGUGGAUGACACUGAUCAGAGAGACGGCGUCGCUAGGAUUCUGUCCGUAUUGGAGAACCGUUUCGACCUGGUUGUGCGAUCUUGCUACGCUGGUGUCAGAAUCCCAGAGCCAGAUAUCUUUACCAAUGCCCUCGAGAAACUCGCGGUUAAACCUCAAGAAGCAGUCUGGCUGGAUGUGGAUGAAGAAAGUGUCAAGGCAGCUGAAGGUUUGGGAAUGACGGCUGUUCAAGUCAAGGACAUCACUGAGGCUCUUAAGGAAAUCCAGAAGCUUACAGGAAUAGAGGUCACCAGUGAUCUCCAGCCACCCUCUUGUGAUCCUGAAAAUGUCUCUCAUGGAUAUGUGAAUAUUAAGCCGGGCGUGAGGAUCCACUAUGUGGACAUGGGAGACGGACCGCCUGUUCUCCUGUGCCAUGGCUUCCCGGAGAAUUGGUUUUCCUGGAGGUAUCAGAUUCCGGCUUUGGCUGAUGCUGGAUUUAGGGUUCUGGCUCUUGACAUGAAAGGCUACGGUGACUCCACUGCUCCAGCAGACAUUGAGGAGUAUUCUCAAGAACAGAUCAUGCUGGAUCUGGUGACAUUUUUGAAUAAAAUGGGCAUUCCUCAGGUCACUCUGGUGGGUCAUGACUGGGGCGGUAGUCUGGUGUGGAACAUGGCACAGUUUCAUUCUGAGCGAGUGAGGGCCGUGGCGUCUCUCAACACACCCCUUUUUCCUGUGGAUCCAAAAACAAAUCCAAUAGAGAGACUCAAGGCCAUACCGAUCUUUGAUUACCAGAUCUACUUUCAGAAGCCUGGUGUCGCAGAGGCUGAACUGGAGAAAAACCUUGAGCGAACCUUCAAACUGAUGUUCAAUGCAAGUACUGAAACUAAAUCAUUUCCUAGCACCGCUGGAGUCUGCCAGAGAGGUGGAUUGUUUGUGGGGUCACCUGAAGAUCCGCCCCGCAGUGCUAUUCUGAGCAAGUCCGCGCUGCAGUACUACAUUCAGCAGUUCACCAAGAGUGGCUUCAGGGGUCCUCUGAACUGGUACCGUAACGGGGAAAAGAACUGGCUUUGGAUGUGUUCCAGGCCGAGGGGCAAGAUCAUGAUGCCAGCUUUAAUGGUGACCGCAGGAAAGGACCCUGUUCUUCUGCCAGCCUUUGCCGCAGGCAUGGAGAACCUGGUCCCUAACCCUCACCAGAGGCCACCAUUGAGGAGUGUGGCCACUGGACUCAGAUAGAGAGGCCUACCGAGCUCAAUAAAAUCCUCAUCUCCUGGG